GUUGUAUAUGUAACAGCCACGUUCCCCUAUAUCAUGUUGAUGAUUCUUCUGAUUCGUGGAGUAACGUUACCAGGUGCUUCCGAAGGGAUAAAAUUCUACUUGUACCCUGACCUUUCUCGACUGUCUGACCCACAGGUGUGGGUGGAUGCUGGUACACAGAUAUUUUUCUCUUAUGCGAUCUGCUUGGGGUGCUUGACAGCCCUGGGAAGCUACAACAACUAUAAUAACAACUGCUACAGAGACUGCAUCAUGCUCUGCUGCUUGAACAGUGGCACAAGCUUUGUUGCUGGUUUUGCUAUCUUUUCAGUUCUUGGAUUUAUGGCUUAUGAACAAGGCGUGCCCAUUGCGGAAGUCGCAGAAUCAGGACCAGGACUUGCAUUCAUUGCUUACCCUAAAGCUGUUACUAUGAUGCCUCUCUCUCCUCUGUGGGCAGCUCUGUUCUUCAUGAUGCUCAUAUUCCUUGGAUUAGACAGUCAGUUCGUGUGUGUUGAAAGCAUUGUAACGGCUGUUGUAGAUAUGUACCCAAAGAUCUUCCGAAGGGGCUACAGAAGAGAACUGUUGAUUCUUGGCCUUUCCAUUGUGUCAUACUUCAUUGGCCUAAUAAUGCUAACUGAGGGGGGGAUGUAUGUCUUUCAGUUAUUUGACUCGUAUGCAGCUAGUGGCAUGUGCCUUCUUUUCGUGGCCAUAUUUGAAUGUGUCUGCAUAGGCUGGGUUUAUGGCAGCAAUCGCUUUUAUGAUAACAUUGAAGAUAUGAUUGGGUACAAACCACUGUCAUUGAUUAAAUGGUGCUGGAUGGUCUUAACUCCAGGUAUUUGCGCAGGAAUCUUCAUCUUUUUCCUGGUGAAAUACAAGCCUUUGAAAUACAACAAUGUGUAUAUAUAUCCUGACUGGGGCUAUGGCAUAGGGUGGAUGAUGGCACUCUCUUCCAUGAUCUGUAUCCCUUUGUGGAUGUGUGUUAAGCUGUGGAAAGCAGAAGGCACUUUCACAGAGAAAUUCAGGAAGUUGAUUACACCUAGCUCAGAUCUGAAAAUGAGAGGGAAACUUGGAGGAGGAGCCUACACUGCAGCAAUAAAUGACUGCGAUGCCAAACUGAAAGGAGAUGGCACCAUUUCAACCAUCACAGAAAAGGAGACGCAUUUCUGAAAGAACUAUCUUUUUUGUUUUGGUUUGGGUUCUGUUUCUUUUUUUGUAUAAAUAAAUAAAUAAAUUCACUUAAUUAUAGAGGCUGGCUUGUUUUGCACAAAAUUUUAUUAACCAGUUAAUUUUAAAGUGAAAAAUCGUAUACUUGUUUAAAAGUGGUUUUUUUUUUUUUUUUUUUUAAAUGACUAUAAGUAAUGAUUAUGUGAAAGAAAAAGAAAUAGUAUUAUAUGGUAUGUUAGUGAUGAUUUCUUGUAAUAUGGUAUUUUCAGUAAAUGUUUUUUUUAGAAAGUAGAGGGCCCUGUAUAAUGUGCUGUAAAACUUUUCUACUUUGAUUUCUGUCAGAUGUAAUGUUGUAUAGAUAUAAGCAUUCUAAUCUGUAAGCAUUUCAGACCAUUUCAGCUUUUGAUGUAUGUCUAU